GACGAAGAAGGGAAAAAAAAAAAAAUCGGAAAUUACGUGUGCUCCCUUUUCCUGGCGAAGCUAGAUAAACAAACAAAAGCGAGACAUUAUAUUAUAUUUAUUAAACAGUCUACGCCAGUUAAUACGUGCCUCUGUGUUUACAUGUGACUAUGGGGAUUAAUUAGUCAAAGUGAAUCCCCCACCAAAGCUCAAACGAAGAAGGACUAAGCCGACAUGCUAUGUGGCUAACAGGUUGUGGGGGGAUUUCAGGUCAAACUUGAGUUUCUUUUUUUUUUCACCGACACUGCACUCCGAAAUCUCUCCUCCAAAUCGUCACCAUGGCGUGGGCUCUCAAGCUGCCUCUCACUGAUGAAGUGAUUGAGUCCGGACUGGUGCAGGACUUUGAUGCCAGUUUGUCAGGGAUUGGACAGGAGCUUGGUGCGGGGGCAUACAGCAUGAGCGACGUUCUCGCCCUCCCCAUCUUCAAGCAGGAGGAGUCCAACCUGCCUCCAGACUCUGACAACAAGAUCCUUCCCUUCCAGUAUGUUCUGUGUGCAGCUACCUCGCCAGCUGUUAAACUGCAUGAUGAAACACUCACCUACCUCAACCAAGGACAGUCCUAUGAAAUAAGAAUGCUUGACAAUCGGAAAAUUGGGGAACUUCCUGAAAUCACUGAUAAAAUGGUGAAGAGCAUAAUUCGUGUGGUGUUUCACGACCGACGGCUUCAGUACACAGAGCACCAGCAGCUGGAAGGCUGGCGCUGGAACCGGCCUGGGGAUCGCAUCCUAGACCUGGAUAUCCCCAUGUCCGUCGGCAUAAUCGACCCCAGGGCUAACCCUACUCAGCUUAACACUGUGGAGUUCCUUUGGGACCCGUCAAAAAGAACCUCAGUUUUUAUCCAGGUACACUGCAUCAGCACAGAAUUCACCAUGCGUAAGCACGGUGGCGAAAAGGGCGUGCCGUUCCGCGUCCAGAUCGACACGUUUAAAGAGAACGAGAAUGAAGAAUACACAGAACACCUCCACUCUGCCUCCUGCCAGGUCAAAGUGUUCAAGCCCAAAGGUGCGGACAGAAAGCAGAAGACGGACAGGGAGAAGAUGGAGAAGAGGGCGCCACAAGAAAAAGAAAAAUACCAGCCCUCCUAUGAAACCACAAUACUGACAGAGUGCUGCCCCUGGCCUGAGGUCACAUACGUCACCAACUCUCCGUCUCCGGGCUUCAGCAGCACACACAACAGUUUCCCAGUUGCAGAAGGAAAUGGAUCGCCAAACCACCAGCCUGAGCCUGUCGUUCAGGUGGCAGAUGUUAGUGUGUUUCAAUCA